CCUCAGCUAAAAGAAGAAAGACGCCACGGGGGAGAGGGACCGACACAAUCUUGCGAUUGACCAACCCAGCACACGCUCAUCACUGCGACAAGGCUCCGCCCUCACCGCCCAUUUUACACGAUCAGACCAGACAAGGGCGCGGCAAGGCGAGUGCGCGGAUACGCAGACCCCCGCAUAUACGGCCGAGAUCCCGCUGCGACGACGACGACGGCAGCAGCAGCAGCAGCAACGACGACAGCGACGACAAGGCAGACCAGCUAAAGAAGACCAAUCCAUUGAGGUGGUCCGAUGCAACUUGGCUGGCCUAAAGGAGCCCAUCAGCUCCUCCUCGAUUCCUUUUCGCCCUCAUCUGCUUCGAGGUGAAGACGAGGCAAGAACAAGACAACAAGACACGAGAAAAGAAACAAGGCGAUUGAAGAGGGUCUGAUCGGAAGCCACGAUGCCGUACUCGAUGGCCUCCAAGAUUGGCCUGCACUUUGUGCGCUUCGCCCAGUACUCGGCCACGACAGCCGGCGCCGCGGCGGCGCCCGGCGGCCUCCGAGGCGCAUUCAACAAUGCUGCCUCGUCAGCUUCGGGCUCGUCGUCGUCUGGCGCCUCGUCGUGGGCACAGGGCCUCAGCUCAGGGGGCGCAGGUCCCGGUCUGGGGGGUGCAAAGUUCCAUGCGGGCCGCGGCGCACACUCUUCGUUCCAGCACUCGGGAAGAGCGCUAGCCAAUGCCAAUGCUACCUCGGCGACCGACGGCAGCAACACGUUCAACGAUGACGACGACGAGCGCGUCGCCGCGGCCGGCUCGCCACUGCGGCCGGGGCUGAGGCCCAGGCGUGCGACCAGGCCCGGGUCCGUGUCUGCCAUGGCCAGGUUCCGCGCCAGAGAGGGCCUCAAUGCAGCGCGGAAUAGCCCCAUGAUGCUCCUCUCGGCCACCUUUGAUGGCGUGGCCCAGUCGAAGCGCACCAUCACCACAUCGGGUCCCCCGGCACAGGCAUCCAAGGCCGCGUCGAUGAGGGGUCAGAUGCUCAUCCUGCCGAGCAGGCUCGACACAGUCAUCGAGGACGACGCUGAAGGAUCCGCAUUGUCGACAUCACCGACUCGGCCGACGCCGCCGAGGAGGCGUCUGACAACAUCGGCCAUCAACGAUGGCGAGGCACCGACUGGCCGCGCACCCUCGAUCCAGGAGCUCGAAUCUAGCAUGCCCCUGCCCUCUAGUGCCAAGGAAGGGAAACCGUCAACGUCGACGACAAAAACGUCGACGACGACACCGCCAAUGUAUGCUGAGCUCAUGGGUCUGCAUGGCGGCCGGUUUGGCCCGUUGCACAAGGCCAUCGAGCAGUUCCGCAGGCUGCCCAAGUCGCAGCUCUCCACGCCCUCGUUCAAUGCCGCCCUCGAGGGCCUCAUCGAGCUGCGCAACCGCUCACCGCCGGGCGAAUCGCGCGACGGCCUCACGCAGGAUGUCAUUGACACGUAUGUCCAGAUGAUCGACUGCGACUGCGCCCCCGACGCCCGCUCCUACUCUGUCGUCGUCCAGGCACUGUGCCACCGCGACGAGCAGGGUGUCGCCGACAGCUUCGACCAGGCCUUGGGCCUCGCCGACCUGGCCCACUCAUCGUCUGCAUCAGGUUUUCCCACCGUGGAGCCGUACAACUCGCUGAUCCGGGGCUGUAUGCUGCGUGGCGAUGCGACAAAGGCGUCAGAGAUCAUUGGCAUGCUCGCAAAGAACCCAGCCGCCAAGGCCGAUGACAAGACCAUCCAGCAGCUCAUCUUGUCGCACGCAAAGGACGAGAGCAUGGACCAGCAAGACAGGCUGGCGGCGUGCAACGACAUCUUUGACAAGUGCGCAAAGGUCGCGCCCGUCGACAGCGUCUGGAUCUGGAACGCCCUGCUCAAAGCCCGCUUCCAGCUUGGCGACCAGGCAGGCGCCGUGAGCCUCGUCGAGGAGAUGCUGACUGCAUAUGCAGAGGACAAGGGACCACGACCAGACGUAUCGACAUCAAGCAUCGUCAUUGGCGGUCUCCUCGACAACGACGAUGUUGCCGGCGCUGCAGCUUGGUUUGACCGCAUCUCUUCGCCGCGCCUGUCGGGGUCUUCCGAUCCCGCGUGGGCUGGGGAGUCAGCGAUGCCGCUGCCGAAGCUGUCGACGUCGACGCGCCUCUUUCUCGAGUUUGUCGAGACGCUCGAAAGCGCCAAUCUAAGUGCGCUUGCUACAAAGGACGCCCUCGAUUUUCUUCCGGCCCUCCAGGCGGCGAACAGGGCUUUGCAGGUGUGCUAUGAUGGACUCAUGGAGAUCGAUGACGCAAGCUACAAGGUGUCCUUUCGCUCCUUUAACAGCCUCAUCCAGCUCAACAUGGAAAUGGCCACGAGACUGAACGAAGGCGAGCCGUCGUCGCCCGCAGCAUCGGUGGAUCUCAUCGAUUCUUCACUGAGCCACCUCAAGGCGCAAUACGAGCUCAUGGGCGACCAUGCACACGGCGGCAAGCACAGGGACCGUAGUGUGCUCGAUGGAGCCACAUUCUGGGGCCCGGCCCACAACGUGAAGGCGAUCACCAGUCUUGUCAGCCACCUCGUCAAGACUGGGCGAGUCCAGGACGGAGCGGCUGCAUUCACCUACGCCCUCUUUGCCAUGCCGACGAUGCCCGAGAAUGCUCGUGCUAUCAAAGACACGCAUCCGAUGGAUUCGUGGAAGGGCGUCCUCAGGGACAUCAACGGAAACAUCAAGUACAUCCUCUGUGGCAACAGCAACCUGCACUUUGUUGAACCCAUCCGGGACCUCUCUCUGCCCGCCGAGCCAGUUGAGCACCUUGCGGCUGGUGCAGAGGUGAUGUACGAUGCCGUGCUCCAGUUCGACCUUGCGGCCCACGAGUGGGCAUGCCAACGCAUCGUACAGCUCUACGCCGCUGCACGCGCUGACGGGGAGGUCAGCCUGUCUGCCAAGGGAUGGAGCAACGUCGUCGCUGCCUUUGUCAAGGCUGAGGAGCUCAGCCCGAUGGCCGAUGUCCAACGAAUGCGGAGCCAAUUUGGUCCCAUGUUUGACGACAUUGGCCGGCUCGACGAUGAGACCAGGUCGCAGGUUGCUCUGCAAAAUGUUUUCAGCAUCUUGGCCAAGCGCUACGGGCUUGACGAGGCCACCAGCCUCGUUGCACGCGCGGACGCAGAGGCAGCCGCGUCGAUGCGCGAGUCUUCUGACGACGCCUCGAGCAGCAGCAUCGACAGCAUGGCGCCGACGUCUGCGACGGAGCCAUCGACUCCCAUGACCACCGAAAGCAUGCUGCGAGGAUACGAUGCGCCAGAGGGCCUGCCGUCCGACAAGUUCUCGGCAGUCCAAUCCGUGGACUCGACCCUGGACGAGCAUAUGCUCCGCAUCAUGAGCGACGGCUUCCCCAAGGGCCAGCGCAUCAACCAACAGCUCGUCACCGCGGCAGCCUACGAAGCCUAUGGCGUCAUGCAGAGGUCCAUCGAGGAGACGGGCACCUACCCCACGCCAUUUGCCAUUGUCCGGCUCCUCGACGUCUUUGGACGCGCCGGCGAGCUCGCGAAGAUCCACGAGGUCUACGUGGUCGGCUGUCACAUUGUCAGUGCACUGGGCAGCGACCUGGCGUGGCAGCAGCAAGCGUGGUACGAUGUCGAGAAUGCCAUGGUCGCCGCUCUGGCUCACGGAGGCGACACAAAGGCAGCGAGUGCACACCGCCACAAGGUCAUCCAGGCCGGCAUGGUGCCCAGCGCCGACUCCUAUGCUGCCCUCAUUGCCACGGUGCGCGACACGACCGACGAUGCCCUCGUCGCUGAGGAGCUCUUUGACGAGUCGCAGCGCCUCGGCGUCCAGGCCAACACCUACCUGUACAACACGGUCAUCUCGCAGCUGAGUCGAGCGAGAAAGGCAGAGCGCGCCCUCCAGCUCUUUGACGAGGUCCUGGCCGCCCAGGCAACGGGCGAUCGACGGUGCAAAGCGACGAGCAUCACCUACGGUGCCGUCAUCAAUGCAUGCACGAGGACCGGCGACGAGAUCAAUGCCGAGCGGCUGUUUGAAGUCAUGGAAGCCAGCCGAGGCUUCACCUUCCAGGCUCCCCCGUACAACACCAUGAUCCAGUUCUACACGCAGACAAAGCCAGACCGGGAAAAGGCACUCAAGUACUACCAGAAGAUGCUGGCCAAGCAGAUCAAGCCCACGGCCCACACCUACAAGCUCCUCCUCGACGUGCACGGCUGUUUGGAGCCGGUCCAGGCCGAGGCGCUCGACAACGUCUUUGGCCGCCUCGUUGCCGAUGCAAAGGUGCCCGUUCAGGGCACCCACUGGGCCUCGCUCAUCAAUGCCUACGGCUGCCACCUCCACGACAUGGACAAGGCCGUGUCGAUCUUUGAGGGCAUCCCGCGCCACUUUACGACGCCCAAGCCUCAGAAUGGCGCGUCGCCAAAGGUGGACAGCGUCGCCUUUGAGGCGCUUCUCAACGUCUUUCUUGCUCAUCAUCGCGUGGACCUCAUGUGGGAGUACGCGGCCAAGCUGUCGACGAUGGGCCUUCACCCCACUGCGUACGUGGCCAAUCUACUCAUCAGGGGUCUGUCGUCGCAGCAGGGAAAUCACGACGAGGGCAUCCAGCGUGCCAGGGCCAUCUUCCAGCAGAUGAGGGACCCGCCCAUGGGCGUCGCCGCCGCGGGCAACCACCCGCCAAACCACCGGCAGCACGCCAAUGCCCCGCGCCACCCUGAGCCUGAAUCGAUGGCAGUAGAGAUGGAGCCGCAGCAAGAGCCGAUCGAGACGGGAGAGCACGAUGCGCACCUUGCCUUUUUCAGGGGCGUCCUCCGCGAACCAAGCACGUUCGAGGCCAUGAUCCGAGGAGAGAUGGCUUGCGGCGAGACGCAGCGGGCCAUGGACCUCGUCCAGCGCAUGGAGUCGAGGGCCUACCCUCCGGCGCUCGUGGCCAAGGCUAGGGCCCUCGUUGCGGGCGACGUCAAGCAAACCUACGUCUAAUAAAGAAGAGCGACAAGGCAGAAGGGACUUUGAAGGAAGUGAGGCAACGGGACAAUCAGUGAUGCGUGUCCCGACCGACGGAGGGGCGGCGAGAGGAAAGUUCGUCAGGACGACGGGAAGACGACGUCGUCAAAAGACAACAAAAGCGAACGAGCGAAACAAAAGCAAAAUUUUACAGUCAGUCAACCAACCAACCAACCAACCACCACUCUUGUGUCCAUGUUUUUGUACAGAGGUCCCCUGUGUAACAUUAGAGAUGUGCCUUCUCGGAAUGAUCUUUCUUCCUACAACUUU